AUGGCGCCGCCUUGGGAAGGCUUCCCGGCGGCGGUGCCGGUGUGUCACUCCUUCGAUACCCUCGCCCAGCCGACACUCUGGACAGAACCCGACUUGUCCUUCGAUGCCGACUGGAAUUUCCUUUCCUUGAAUCAACACACGCCAUACCCUGCUACCUUUGAUGAUAUCCCCACCGUGGAUGUGGGGUACGAUACCCCUACUUUCAACUCUCUUUCGGAUUCCGGAUCAAUCGAUCAUCAAAACCUUAUGUCUGCUUCUCUUGCUGCAAGCUCAGCCAAUUCAGAUGGUCACUCGCAGCCUUCACCUGUAUCGCAAUUCCCCGUCCCCGUCUCGACUUCUACCGCCAGCCCUGCCACCUCACAGGACGAUGUUUUGAGUCGCGUUGAUUCAUCGCGUGUCGAGAAGCGCAAGCUUAACACACUGGCGGCGCGGAGAUGUCGACAGAGACGAGUCGAUCGGAUGAAGGAUCUUGAGGCCGAAUUGGAAAAAGUCCGAAAGGAAAGAGAUGAGUGGAGACUGAAAUGUUCAAAGCUUGAAGGUGAAACGGAUGCUUUGAAGGGUCUGCUCUCCCGCAAGAGCAAGGACAUUUAG